AUGUUAGACCAACAUAAUAUUCUAUCUUUGAAAGCUACUGAGGCUCAGGAGCAGCUUCAGGAAGGUGCCGUCACUUCAGUGGAACUCGUGGAAUCAUACCUUGACCAGAUUGCACGCCAUAACCACGCUGGUCUUCAUCUCAAUGCCCUGAUUUCUGUCGCGCCGCGCGACAAGCUUAUCGCUGCUGCGACCAAAUUGGACGCUGAACGCCAGGCUGGAAACUCAAGAGGACCUUUGCAUGGAAUACCUAUCGUCUUGAAAGAUUGCAUCCUGACGUCUACCCAAACCCUCGGCUUGCCAACCACAUUGGGUUGUCCCUGUUUUGCAUCAGCAACAUGUCUACAUAAUUCUCCGCUCGUGGAUCGAUUGCUGGACGCAGGCCUCCUGAUUAUAGGCAAAGCAAACCUGACCGAACUGUGCGGACUUAAAAUGCGGCCGAAUACACCCGGUUGGUCCGCUCAAGGCGGACAAACCCAGAACCCUUAUAUUUUUGGAGGCUUGAAGAAGAAUGAAAAGUUUAUUGGCAAUUCAUCUGCUGGAGGGUCUUCAUCGGGCAGUGGAGCAAGUGUCGCUGCUGGAUUCGCGCCCCUGGCAAUAGGGACGCAGACGGGUGGAUCGGUGAUACUGCCAGCGGGGCUUUAUGCAUUGGUCUGUGGUCAUGGAACGGUCCCGAUGGAGGGGAACUACCGUCUUUCUGAAGAGAUUGAUUGCAUCGGCGCAAUGGCUAAGAGUGCCGUGGAUGUCGAUCACUUAGCCUCUGUCAUCAUGGGCAAAGACAUGUCUUUUGAUUCGGAACAAGAUUGCAGCUUCAGAGGUCUGAAAGUCAGGUUCCUCGACCCGAAAGUCUGGCAUUUUCCAGGAAACGACUAUUGCGACUUCCCGGGCGAUACAAGAGCCCAGAUCGAAACAGCCUUCAUCGAUGCUUCCCGGACAAUCGGCUUGUUAGGUGCAGACAUCAGGCAUGAUCUCCACUUGAGUCUCCCUGGAAAGAAUUUCGAAAUCUCAGGUAGAAGCCUGGGAUACGAACACUGCAUGCAAAGGCUGAAGAGCGGCGACUUCGCAGCAUUUGCAGCACAGUAUCAGAAGAGCGAAGUGCGCACUCUGAAGCAGAUGGUGGCGUGGAAUGCAGACCACGCUAGCAUCAGUAUGCCUCCAGAUCAUCCGUCCCAAGAUGAACUGAUCGAUCUUCUGAACAACACUUCUACCCCCGAAGAAGGUCAGGCUUGGAGGCACGAGCUAAUGAAGCAGGGUAAAGCAGGGCUCGACCCUCUUCUACAGAAAGUGGAUGUCCUAGUAGCUUUGGCUGAUAGCAGUCUGUGUAGUUAUUCCUCGGCAGCGGGUAAGAAGUCUACAUCUUCGCGACGACAUGAUUUUUGUCUUGCUUCCAUCGAAGACGGUGACAUGUGGCACUAG